AUGGACGGUGGCAACCGUAUGCCAAAGCUGGACAUACUGCCUAAUGCCGCUGACUGUAGCUCGUCCGACAAUGUCACGAAUCCACACCUUGUUUGUCAGGGCAGCCGCUACGGUUCUGGUUCUUCUUGUUUUGGGUUUGACCAUAGCACAAAGGCACCCAACCGUCAAAGGCAAGCCAAGGUACUGGAUGGGGAAGGUAGCAAUCUGUGCGGGGAGAAUGUCCCGGAUUCUGGAAAUCUGCUCGUCAGUACAGUAGAUUGGCGCCAACUGGCUUUUGUGGAUGUUUGUCCGGAGACCGGAGACUUGGCCAAAGAAGUCAAGCACAGUCUUGAUCGUGAUGACGUCUUGGACGCGCGGCGCCGUGAAGAUGACAACAUCAUCGGCAUACAGGACUUCAUCCAUGGAAUCAACACAAUCCUUCGUUACAUUGCUCGUGUUACAACUGUUCCCAGCUUCUAUGGUCAGGAUGCUAUUCAGGCAGCAGAUGUUGAUCAAUGGCUUGAAUAUGCCCCAGUUAUCCUUUCAGGAUCUGAAUUUGAAGCUGCUUGCUCAUUUCUAGAUGGAUUCUUGGCAUCUCGGACCUUUUUGGUUGGCUAUUGUCUUUCAAUUGCUGACAUGGUAGUAUGGUCAAAUAUUGCAGGAUCUGGCCAACGAUGGGAAAGUCUGAGGAGGUCUAAGAAAUAUCAAAACCUUACUCGCUGGUUCAACAGCAUAGCUGUAGACUAUGCUGGUAAGCUAGAUGAAGUAGCAGCAGCUUAUGUUGGAAAGAGAGGUAUUGGAAAAUCUCCUGCACCCUGCCUGAAAGAAAAGGUGCAAGAUUUGAAGUUGAACACCUCAAUUCCUGAAAUAGAUCUACCGGGUGCAAAAGUCGGGGAGGUUUGUGUUCGUUUUGCCCCGGAGCCUAGCGGGUAUCUCCACAUUGGUCAUGCGAAGGCUGGGCUGUUGAAUAAGUACUUUGCAGAGAGAUACAAUGGCCGUCUAAUAGUUCGCUUUGAUGACACCAAUCCUUCCAAAGAAAACAAUGAAUUUGUAGAGAACAUCAUGGAAGAUAUUGACACAAUGGGAAUCAAAUAUGACAGAGUUACAUACACAUCAGAUUAUUUUCCAAAGCUAAUGGAAAUGGUUGAAAGUCUGAUUAAGCAGGGUAAGGCAUAUGUUGAUGACACACCAAGGGAGCAAAUGCGAGCUGAGAGGAUGGCUGGCGUGGAAUCAAAAUGUAGAAACAAUACUGUUGAAGAAAAUCUGUCAUUGUGGAGAGAGAUGGUUAACGGAACUGAAAUUGGUAUGCAGUGCUAUGUACGGGGUAAGCUUGACAUGCUGGACCCUAACAAGUCACUCCGGGAUCCUGUCUAUUACCGUUGCAACACUGUCCCUCAUCAUCGUGUUGGUUCAAAAUAUAAGGUCUACCCAACGUAUGAUUUUGCUUGCCCGUUUGUUGAUGCAUUGGAAGGGGUGACUCAUGCCCUUCGCUCAAGUGAAUACCAUGAUCGUAAUGCACAGUACUAUCGUAUACUUCAAGAUAUGGGUUUGCGAAGGGUAGAGAUCUUUGAGUUCAGCAGGUUGAAUAUGGUUUACACCCUUCUCAGCAAGCGCAAGCUUCUCGGGUUUGUACAAAACAAGAAGGUAGAUGGCUGGACUGAUCCACGCUUCCCUACUAUACAAGGCAUUGUACGUCGUGGCUUGAAGAUUGAAGCAUUGACACAAUUUAUACUCGAGCAGGGUGCAUCAAAGAAUCUAAAUCUGAUGGAGUGGGAUAAACUUUGGACAAUCAAUAAGAAGAUAAUUGAUCCUGUGUGUGCAAGGCAUACUGCUGUGCUGAAAGACCAGCGUGUGCUCUUGACUCUUACCAAUGGUCCAGAGGAACCAUUUGUUCGAAUCUUACCAAGGCAUAAGAAAUAUGAGGGUGCUGGAAACAAGGCUACAACCUUCACAAAUAGAAUUUGGUUAGAGUAUGCUGAUGUCAUGAGCACCGGCCAGGAAGUCACUUUGAUGGAUUGGGGAAACGCCAUCCUUAAAGAAAUCAAGACCGAGAAUGGAAUAAUUACUCAACUGGUCGGUGAACUCCAACUCGAGGGGUCAGUGAAGUCGACCAAGUUGAAGCUGACGUGGUUGCCCGAUAUUGAAAACCUUGUAUCGCUAUCUUUGGUUGAAUUUGACUACCUAAUUACAAAGAAAAAGCUGGAAGAAAAUGAGGAAAUCAGCACCGCCAAUCUCAAUCCUUGCACGCGACGAGAAAUUUCAGCUCUUGGGGACCCGAACAUGCAGAAUUUAAAACAAGGAGAGAUCAUACAGCUUGAAAGAAAAGGGUACUACCGCUGCGACGUUCCAUUUAUUCGGCCGGCUAAACCUAUUGUCCUUUUCUCGAUACCAGAUGGCCGUCAACAGUCGGUGGCAAACAAGUAGCUUUCCAUGGUUCUCUGGGGCGCAUGAAUUGCAAGUUGAAUAGUUCAGUUAUGGUAUGUUGUGUUUAUGGACAAUGUUUGUGUGAAAUUUGUGAUCAACAGCUUUUAUAGUCAAACCUAAAAGUCACAAUGUAAGGGUGCGUUUGGCAGAGCUCCUGGAGCUGAAUCUAGCAGGAGCUCUGCUAAAUAAUUUUUCAGAGAGAAGUGAUUCUCUGCUAAUCCUGUGAAGUGAUUCUCUGAA